AUGACAAGGAGAACGCUCCCUCUCUCGAACGCAGUGGGCGGUGGAUCCGCUGGCUGCGUGGUCGCGAACCGGCUGUCGGCGGAUCGCAACGUCACGGUGCUGCUCCUGGAAGCCGGAGGACUGGAGACAGCUAGCCGACAGAUACCGGCCACCGCAUCCUCCAAUAUCGGAGGGCACGACGACUGGGCCUACUGGACCGUCCCGCAGAAGAACGCAGCGCUCUCUUUCCGGGAACAGCGACUCAGCUUGCCCAGCGGCAAAGUACUCGGCGGCACCAGCGUAAUAAACUUAAUGAUGUACGUACGAGGACACCCGUACGAUUACGACCGGUGGGCCCGAGAGUACGGAGCCAAGGGGUGGGCGUACGACGACGUGUUGCCCUACUUCAAGGACAUCGAGGAUUAUCGCGCGGGAACGCCGGACGGGUACCACGGCACAGGUGGCGAGGUGCCGGUGGACUACGCUAACACCAGCACUCGACUGGGCCAGCUCCUGCUUGAGGCCUGCAAUCAGUCGGGUUUUCCCUACGUCGACUACAACGGCCGCACGCAAUCAGGCUGCUCUCGCCUGCAGACCAACGUGGCGGACGGGGAGCGCGUUAGCGCCAGCAAGGCCUUCAUCCAGCCCGUCGUCGGAGGGCGGACAAAUCUACACGUGGCACCAUUCAGCCAGGUAACGAAGGUGAUAAUCGAAGACAGGCGUGCUGUGGGCGUGGCAUUCACCAGGUACGGCCAGCCGCAGAAGGUGUCGGCGGCGCGGGAAGUGAUCCUUUCGGCGGGAACGAUAGGAUCAGCUCAACUCUUGAUUCUAUCCGGAAUAGGGCCCAGCGAGGACCUCGAGCGUCUACAGAUUCCUCUGGUAGCCGACCUUCCUGUAGGACACACUCUGCAGGACCACGUGACUAUGGACCUAGCCGUGCCUGUAAGCACCGACGUGGCCGCCGGCAUCCAGACUUCUACCCUAGAUGACAUUAGGCAAUAUGCCACCAACAGAUCCGGGCCGAUAUCCAUGCUACCAGCCGAGGUUCUACAGUUUCUCAAGACAGAUUAUGCGGCUGAUACCGGCAUUCCCGACAUCGAGAUAGCUCCCAAUUCGAACCCACCGGCCACAGAGCUACUCCGGACGUCGCUUCUGGGCCUAGGCUUACUGCCAGAGGCUUACGACGGCUUUCUCGGGCCCGCGAACGGUGAGCCUGGCUUCCUCGGUGUAGUGCUUCUCAACAGGCCAAAGUCCAGGGGUUCACUUAAACUGCGCUCCACGGAUCCAAACGACCACCCAGACAUCGACCCAAACAUCCUCGAACACCCCGAUGACGUUGGGGCGCUUGUUCAAGGAACGAAGAUCUUUGUCGACAGGAUGUUGAGCACGGACGCCAUGAAGAGCAUUGGCGCCAAGCCCUGGAACGUGACCUUUCCCCCGUGCGCUGAGGUGGGUCAGCGGUGGAGCCCCGAAUACAUCGAGUGCAUGAUCCGGCACCUUGCGCACGCGGGCUGGCACAUCUGCUGCACGGUGCCCAUGGGCUCGCAUCCUGAAGCAGUCCUGGACGAACGCCUCAGGGUCCGAGGGAAUGUGAAAGGCCUCAGGGUUGCCGACGCCUCCGCGAUGCCCGAUAUCAUAAGCGGCCACACACACGCACCAAGCAUGAUGAUUGGCAACAAGGCGGCGGCCAUGAUCGUUGAGGACUAUGGCACAUUUCAUUUGUAAUAUGACCUUCACGCUUGAAGACCGGUGCAUUACACCGUUGAACCUUUGUGGUUGGUGUGCCUGAUGAUUUUUUGCGGCGGUGAAUAAAAUGAAAACGAAAGUA